CCGGGUUGUCGCUGAGGCGAUGGCGGCGCGAGUGAGCGGCCGCGGACGUGUUACAGGCCGGGGCCCGGCGGAGAGCAAACACCCCCGCGGACAAUAGUUCCUGUUCCGUCCUCCUCCUACUCCUCCCGCCGCCGCCACUACCACCACCACCAGUAACGGCCCGUCCACCUCACGGCUGCAAGGCGCGCUUUACCCCCCCUCACUCCCUCCCUCCUUCUCCCUCCCUUCCUUCCCCGGCCCGGCCCGUCCCCCACAGCCCCGAGGCUUUGCUGCGAUCACAAGUUCAUGACUUUGGACUCGGCCGUGAAUCAUCGAGCGGAUCAAGCCUGAGGCCUAGGCUGUUGCCUUGGGGUCGGCCCGGGGGAGAGAGGCAGGCGGCCAGCGAGCAGAGCCGGGCGUGUGUGUCCGCAGCCAGCCAGCCAGCCGGGGCGGGGACGAGGGGCCGGGUGGCCGGGGCCCGGCCAUGAGCCUUUGAAGCGUGUGUGAGGGGAAUGCGGCGGUAACCUUGUCCCGCUAACUGAGGCGAAACCACCGCCCCCGAGACAGAGACUGCUGCUGCCUCUCGCCUUCGACUGACAACUUUCUAUUUAUUGGCAUUUCUUUUCACCGUUGUAACAUCUAAAUGACGGUAAAUAAACUCGGAGCCCGUGGAAUAAUCUGCAAACAAGGACAGGAGAUGCGUCGAAUUGCUGCUGAUUUAUCGAGAUGGAUGUAUUAGUGGAUGAAAGAUGAAUCUUUCCUUUUGUACAGAAAUCGUUGGUGGAUGUUGUGUGUAAAUAUUUUCGCCUGGAUAUCAAACCCGGGGUUGUUUUUUUUUAUAAUUUCUAAUCUUUGAACGACGUUGUCAGUCUGGAUCAGGAAGUAGCUGAAGGCGAGUUUGCCGUCUUCACAUUGACUGAGGCUCGUCACCAGUCCCAUAUGCCUUCGGCACUCGCCAUCUUCACCUGUCGGCCCAACUCUCACCCCUUUCAGGAGCGCCAUGUCUACCUGGACGAACCUGUCAAAAUCGGUCGGUCGGUGGCUCGCUGCAGACCUGCCCAGAAUAACGCCACUUUCGACUGCAAAGUGCUUUCCAGAAACCAUGCUCUUAUCUGGUUCGACCACAAAACGGGCAAGUUCUAUCUACAGGACACUAAAAGUAGUAAUGGUACGUUUAUUAACAGUCAGCGGUUGAGUCGGGGAUCGGAGGAAAGCCCGCCAUGUGAACUCCUGUCAGGGGACAUUAUUCAGUUUGGCGUAGAUGUGACGGAGAACACCAGGAAAGUUACACAUGGAUGCAUAGUAUCUACUGUCAAGCUCUUUAUGCCAGAUGGUAUGGAAGGUCGUCGACGAUCUGAUGUCAUCCAGGCUCCUCUCCCACUUCCUAUUGAAAAGGUAGCUGCUAAUUCUCCCAGUAUGUACUCUCAGGAACUAUUCCAGCUGUCACAGUAUCUACAGGAGGCCUUGCACCGAGAACAGAUGUUGGAACAGAAGUUGGCCACCCUUCAACGGUUACUAGCUAAUACCCAAGAGGCAUCAGACAGUAGCUGGCAGGCUUUAAUAGAUGAAGACAGGUUACUAUCUAGGCUUGAAGUAAUGGGAAACCAGCUACAUGCUUACUCAAAGAACCAAACUGAAGAUGGCAUACGGAAAGAGUUGGUAACAUUACAAGAAGAUAAGCAUAGCUACGAGACGACAGCCAAAGAGUCCUUGAGGCGGGUCCUUCAGGAGAAAAUAGAAGUAGUCCGGAAGCUAUCGGAGGUUGAGCGAAGUCUGAGUAACACUGAGGACGAAUGCACUCAUUUGAAGGAAAUGAAUGACAGAACACAGGAGGAAUUAAGAGAACUGGCUAAUAAAUACAAUGGAGCUGUGAAUGAAAUAAAAGAAUUUGCAGACAAGUUAAAGCAAGCAGAAGGCAGACAAGAGGAGAUUCAACAAAAGGGUGUAUCUGAGAAAAAGGAGUUACAGCACAGAAUAGAUGAAAUGGAAGAAAAGGAACAGGCACUUCAGGCUAGGAUUGAAGCUCUGCAAGCUGACAACGACUUCACCAAUGAAAGGCUCACUGCUUUACAAAUACGGUUAGAACAACUUCAGGAGAAAAACAUCAAGGAACACAACAGCACAGGAAUCCAAGUUGAUGACUUGUUGUCUAAAAUUAAUGGAGGCACAGAUGAAGAGCACUUCCUACUAAAGAGUGGAGGGAACUGCUCUGAGCUAUUGCAACAAUUCAUUCAGUGCAAGACCACCCUCAUUGCAGAAGACCAUCAUACGAAGGGCCUGGAAGAAGCUAAAGUGUUGAAAGAAAAUCAACCGGAAGCAAAGGAAUCUGAUAUGUCCGACACUCUCAGCCCAAGUAAGGAUCGCAGCAGCGACGACACAACAGAUUGCCAAAUGGAUGAACAAGAACUGAAUGAAUCUCUCACUAAGGUUUCGUUAUUGAAAGACCUGUUGUCAGAGGCGAGGGCCUCCAGCAGAAAGCAUGAAAGUGAUCUGGAUCAUCUCAAGUAUGAACUGCGGCGCGCCCACGCAGAAACGGGCGAUUCUGAGCACGAGAUACAACAACUGCAACAGGAGCUGAAGGGAGCGCAGGACUUGGCCAGAAUCAACAAGCAGAAAUGCCUUGAAGUACAAGCACUUCUUGAAGAUGAAAGAAAGGUGAAUAAGCAGCAAGCGGAAGAAUCAGCCAGGCAAAUCCAGGUGUUGCAAGCUCAGCUGUAUGAUUUACAGAAGGAUAUUGAGAUGGUUCGCGAGGAGAAGGAUGUUGAGGUUGUGAAGACCCGUGAGCAGUUGGCGAACACACAGGAGGAGAUCGUGGCCCUGCGUCACACGGCGGUGGAGGCAGCGACGGGCCGGGAGACCGACAUCGCCAUCCUGCAGGGGGAGCUGCUCAACGUGCACACCGAGCUGGAGCGAUGGCGGCAGACCGCCUCGCAUUACGAGUCGCAAAUCCUCAAUCUCCAAAACAAGCUGCAGCUGCAGACACAACAGCAAAUGGACAAGCAGAAAGGGGAAGCCAUCCAACUGCAGGGUAAACUGGAGGACCUGCAGAAGCAGAGCAACGUUCUGCAGUAUGAUUGUGAUUCACUCAGACAAGAGAAGGAUUAUCUGACCGAAAAGUUGCAGCAAUAUGAGGCUGAACUCCAAAGUGCCCAGCAGCAGAGUAUCAAGUUGUCCAAUGAUGUCAGUGGGUUGGAAGUUUCCCGCAAAGAGCUGGAACAGCAGGUUGGAGUUUUGAAGGAACAACGAGUGCAGGAGACAAACGGACUGAGAGCGCAGCUUGCACACGCUGAGAAUGAGACGGAGAAAUAUCAGAAGCAGUAUGAUACAGAUCAGACCAUGUAUAUGGAGGUAAAGGAAAAGCUCGAUCGAACUCUGAAAGAGAACGAGUCCAUCACUGAAGAACUUGAACGUUAUAAAGAGAAUGUAAACUUGCUACAACAGAAGGGAAACAAUAAUCCUUCCACCAUUUUGCAACCCAUCCCCGCUGUAGGCGUGGCCCUAAUCCUGGCUUUCCUGUACUGGUGGUCCGCUCACCUGUGGUAGAUCAAGGGUGGAUUCAUCAAGUGGAUGCCAGUGGUGGCAGUGCUGGUGGCAGUGACUGUCGUAGUGUUAUAUCCAGCAUUGAACAGGGCCUCGCCCUGAGCCUGCCUGAGAUCUCCAACCACAGAAUGUCUCCAACCCCAUUG